UGUACUGUGGCUAUACGAGAAUCCACUGCUGUUCGUGGGCUUUUGACCCAAGCAAGAGAUCGUGGACCUAGUGAUCCUCCAUUGAUCACACAGACUAUCCCUGAAUACUUCAGGGAUGUCGUUAGCGAGCAUGGUGACAGGCCUGCAGUAAUAGCUCGUAAUCAGAACACAACAUUGACCUACCAGGAUCUGGACAUCCAGAGUGAUGCUCUUGCACGAGGGCUCGAGAGACAAGGAGUCCAGAAAGGCGAUCGAGUUGCGGUGAUGCUAGGGAAUGGAGUUGAAUACUGUGUCGCUACAUAUGCUCUAUUUAAACUCGGCGCCAUGCUCGUGCCUCUGAAUCCUGCAUUCAAUGCUUUACAGAUCACCUCAGCUCUCACUCACCUUGCUGCAUCACACCUCAUCAUAUCCUCAGAGAUCAACUUGCCCUACAAAGAACCAAAAUCAGUUAUGCCAUUGCUCGCUCACCUGAUCCCAGACAUGAACAAGUCGAGAAUGGAGUCGGAAGCCGUACCCAGCUUGAAACGAGUCAUCGUGGUUGAAAACUCGAUGGGCCGAGUGCAAAGUGGUGCAUUUGGAGCGUUAAGCAGUUAUGUGGAUGUGUUUAGAGAUGGCAAAGGUGAAAGGUUAGUGCCGAAGCAGUUGGACGCGGAUGAUGUGGUUAAUAUCCAGUUUACUUCUGGUACGACCAGUAUGCCG